AUCAUCAUCAUUACAUACCUAUUACAUAUAGGUUCAAAUGCUGUUUUAAAAUUUGCGAAGUCCUAUGGCGACCAUAUGGUAUUACAAAGAGGUCCACAGAGGGCAAUAGUUUGGGGGUUUUCUGAUGUUGUUGGUGAUGAUGUAACGGUGACAAUAAGUGGACAUGGUAGCAGUAAAGCAACAAUCACUAAGAAUACUCAUGGUAAUGGUGGUGUCUGGAAAGUUAAAUUACCUGCCAUGACAGAUCCUGGACCAUUCAGUAUUACAGCUUCUUCUAAAGAGGGUUCCAUCAAAAUAGACGAUGUUUUGUUCGGUGACGUCUGGAUCUGUUCUGGACAAAGUAACAUGGAAUUUAACAUCCAUGACAUGUUUAAUAGUUCUACUGUACAAGCUGAUGGUUUUAAUUAUGAUAAAGUAAGGUAUAUGAAAGUUGACCAUGAUCAACAAACCACUGUGAAUAACGAUUUAAAACAUAUCUCUAUAUCCUGGACAAAACCAAACCAAGCAACCUUGCCGUGGAUUUCUGCGAUAUGUUUUCUGUUUGGUAAGAAUAUACACACUGAUCGUAAAUAUCCUAUUGGAAUGGUUGAGUCAGACUGGGGAGGAACACCUAUAGAAACUUGGUCUUCUCCAGAUGCUUUAGCAGCUUGUCCAAAGAAUAGAAGGAAAAGUUGGGAAGAUAGUGGAUGUUGGAAUGCCAUGAUAGAACCUAUAUUACCAAUGACUAUAACAGGUGCUAUUUGGUACCAAGGUGAAUCUAAUGCUGGUAGAGUGAAGUACUAUGACUGUCAACAACAACACAUGAUAGAAGACUGGAGAAGAAGAUUUCACGAUGCUUCUCUUGGUGAAACUAAAAAUGAUUUUUACUUUGGGUAUGUUCAGUUAGCUGCCUUCAGAAAUGCCAACUUUGUUGAUCCCUGGGCAAGUAUGAGAUGGACACAAACAGCAAAUCAUGGAUAUUCACCAAAUCCUGAUCAGAAGAACGUUUUUAUGGCAAUUGCUAUGGAUUUACCUGAUUUUACAGGGCCUAGAGGACCAAUUCACCCCAGAGAUAAAUUAGAUGUGGCAAACCGGUUAUCAUUGGCUGCUAGAGGGGUUGCUUAUAAAGAGCAUGUAGAAUACCAGGGUCCUUUCCCAUCUCGAUACAGGGUGACUGGAAAACAGUUAGUUAUUCAAUAUGAUAAACCAAUUCAAGUUAGAAGCAGUGUUGGUUUUGAGGUUUGCUGUUCAACUUCUAGUUCUAGCACUUGUAGCGUCCACGACCAUUGGACGGCAGCAUCUGUAAUUCAACAUGGUGAUAACAGCGGUACUCUAGACAUUGCUGGUUGUCAGGGCCGCCAUCUGGUUGGAGUGAGGUACGCCUGGAAAGAAACUCCAUGUGUUUUCAAGAAAUGUCCAGUGUAUGGUAAAGCCAGUAACCUACCUGGACCUUCGUUUAUCCAACAUGGUAAUUUGAGUGGAUCCAACACAAUUAUUGGCUAG